CCAGCCAUGCGUCUACUCCUCCUGCAUGCUUGUAUUGUCAUCGUCUUGGUUGGCAACUCGGAUGCCUGGUUCAUCCUAGGUCCUGGGUUGAACAAACAUUCUAAGAAAAAGGAAACGGUCCCACGUGGCAGUGAGGUCAACACCGAAACAUCCAGAAACACUGGAGAAGAGCCCACCGUGCUUUCCGCUCAUUACACCGUGAACGGUGCGACCGUUCCUCCCAACCUGUACUGCACAAUUUGCCCAAAUGACAUCAGUGAGUGUAACGAAAACACUUACAAACAUGGGCACUGUGUGAGCCAAUCUGGCGGUGGCUACAACUGUACCUGCUCACCUGGAUGGACUGGGCAGAACUGUCAGCAAGACAUAGAUGAGUGUACCGGGAACCCGUGUCAACAUGGACAAUGUGUGAACCAAGAUGGCGGCUACAAAUGUACCUGCUCACCUGGAUGGACUGGACAGAACUGUCAGCAAGCCAUACAAUGUCAAAGUGGAUGGAGGGAACACAACAACCACUGCUACAAGUUGAUGAGAGACAAAGCGAGCUGGUCUACAGCAGAUUCUAUGUGUAAGACACAAGGUGCCAUCCUGGCCUCUAUCACAAGCAGCGCUGAGAACAACUUCAUCAAAGGUGUCAUCUCGAAUGCCCGCGAAAGUGUCUGGAUUGGACUUCAUAAGAAUGGGGGAUCUUGGAAAUGGGUUGAUGGUUCUGGAGUGAGCUACAAGAACUGGGACCAGGGUGAGCCUAACAACAGAUCCGGCUGGUUCAUUAGAGCUGGAGGGAAAUGUGCGAAUAUGAAAUCUUCGACCAACAGACGUUCGUUGUUCUCAAUGACACGUUUUUCGACACCCGGCAAAUGGGGAGGCAGCAACUGCAGCAACGGAUUCCAUUUCAUUUGCAAGAAGUCCAAAGACGUGACAUCCUAGUUGAUGUAAGAGGUACAAACCGGGACUGCAUAUUUGGGGCCCAAAAGCGACAAGGCUUGGAAUCAUCGAAGUGACCGAAGAAACAACAAUAGUGAAUAUAAAAGAAUCUUAAACCACUCUUGCAUUGAAGUAUUUUAGUUUUAGUAAAAUCGCAAUGUAGAACAAUGAAAUUAACAUUCAAAUAGAAGAUGCCAAAAGUCAUGGUCAAGUCCUUGACGUUGACUUUUAAUCUAACUGCACAAUCACGAAGCAUUUUAUUACAUAAGUUAACAGUAUAUGGUCUUGUUGCCCGACUAAGGUUGAACGCAAAACUAUGGAAUCUAACAAGCGUUAGCAGGCUGUUUUAUUUGUGUAUCAUAAAAAAUCACUUCUGUACACUGUGUAUUUUAGGUUGCCCAGAUUAGUAGCAAUUGUUGAUGAUAGUUUGACGUUUUACACAAUUUACACCUGGUUAUCAGCACAUUUUCAUCAAUGUAACCAACCCCUAAUAACGGACAAUACAAUAAACAGAUCCAGCUAGAUUUAAUAUCACUAUACAGUACUGCAUGAUAAAUGAAUAUAACUAAUUGUUUUAUCAACAGACAGAUGAGUUUUGUACUAUACCUAUUGCAUUUAUUAAGUGUGUUUAAAACAUUAGUGGUAUCACUUAUAUCACUUAUACUGAAUGCUACACAUUCAUCAUAAUUGGUAGCAAGACUACAGCAGGUUGUUACAAAUUGAACAUAGUAUCAUUGCAUACAAAAAGCAUGUGCGCUGAUAAAAGUGUAGAAGUUAAUGUGGGUGAUAGUUAAAAACGUAGUACAGCAAGCGUAAUGCAAUGUGUAUCAAGAGCACGAAAUUGAACUCUGCAUCGACUUAAAAUAAAAAGCUUUUGUGAGAACUGAACCAUGCUGUAAUACUGUCAAUUUUAUGUCUCUGUAGUUCAUAGCUUGACUCAUGAUUUUUUUUAAACGU